GUGUCUGACAUGAAUGCUGGCAUUUUGCAUACAAACAUUUUUGGGCCAAUUCUCCACAUCGGGUGCGAUAUCAGCGUUUCGCGUAUCGCCUAUAUUUAAAGGCAUUGGUUAUUCGAUAUUGUUGCUCAACCUGGGCACACUCACCUACUACAGCGUUAAUGCGGCAGUGCCGUUGAUUUAUGCCGUCAACACGUUGCACGAUGUGUUGCCCUGGAUGAGUUGCAACAACACAUGGAAUUCGCCCAACUGUUCCACACACAACAGUUACGAUGUGGAUGAAGACGAUCAAAAGCCGCACUCAACUGUCGAGUACUUUCACUCAAUGAUAGGGUCCAUUAGGGAUGGCUCCGGUGCAUGGUCGUUGUCCUGGUCCAUGGUGUUGGCAAUUGUGGGCAUUUGGGUUGUGGUUCUUCUGCUGCUGCUCAACCGUGUUUCCAUUAUAGGCAAAGUGAUGUUCAAUGCAGUUCCUUUUUUUUGUCCUUUGCCUAUCUCUUUGGCAGCUUCACAACGUUGCCCAAACUCUGGUCUUUUCUCUUCUUCACUAUCAUCUUUCUAGCCGAGAUGUGUGCGUUGGUCAUUCUGAUGAUGUCUGUUUUGACGUCGAUCUUUGAUGAGUUCGAGCAACUGCGUCACCUCAAGCGACGCAUUACAAUCGGACUCUCCCUGUGUCUCAUGAUCAG